AUGUUCGCCGAGACCACUCAACACUCCAAUGCUUACUACUGCGCUGCUGCUGCAGCCCUUCUGAUGAUAUACUAUGUUGCUCCCUACCUGCUAGACCCCCAUGACUACCGACGUCGGUUCUCCGGCCCGUGGCUCGCAUCUCUUAGUGGCUCAUGGCUGGCAAGAAGCGCCAGCUCUGGCCGUCACUACCAGAACCUUCUCCAAAUCCAUGAGAAAUACGGGAGGUUUGUGAGAGUGGGACCCAAUCACAUCAGCAUUUCCGACCCCGAUGCUCUGGAGGAAGUGUACGGGCACUCGAACGGCCUACUCAAAUCUGAGUUUUACGACGCUUUUGUUAAUAAUAAUGGUGAUAGGAACAUAUUUGACAUUCGUGAUAAGGCUAUCCAUACCAUGAAACGCAAGCGUAUCGCGAACAUCUUCAGUCCCCAGAACGUUGUUGCAUUUGAGCCUCGCGUCAGGGUACAUAUCCAGCGAUUUUGUGAUCAGCUGGAUAUGCGGUGCCACGAGGCAACGAUCGGUACGUCUGGCUUUAACUGGACUGCCAAGGACGGUCGAGCCGUUCUUAACAGCUGCCCGCAAUUUGCCUACCUUACUUUUGAUCUCAUCAGCGACUUGGCUCUUGGAGUUCCUUUUGGGAUGGUUGAGGCACAGAAGGACUCAACUCCUACUCUGCUAUCCCUAACCUCCAAGAAGAACAUCAAAGGGGUGACCCCUAUUCGUCUGGUAGCGGUGUCAGGUCAGGGGGGAAUGACUCUGGGAUCGUACCCUUCCUGGGCACAGAAGUUGCUUCCCUAUGCUCCCUGGCAUCUUUCCAAACUAAUUGCUUUUGAAAACUUUGGAAGUUCCACUCAAGCAGCUGUCGAAGCAAGCAUUAGAAGAAAAGAGAACGAAGAAGAGGGAGAGAACAAGCGAGGGGUGGACUUGUUAGACAAGUUGUUCGAAGUUAAAAAUGCCGACGGAUCUCCACUGGAGAGAGCAGAAAUCGAUGCCGAAGCCGCGGUCACACUUGCCGCAGGAAGCGAUACGACGGCAAACUCUCUCAGUGCCCUGUCCUACUAUAUAGCCUCGAACCCCGAAAUCAAGAAGAAGCUUCAGCAAGAGCUCGACUCAAUCGACAUGGACUUGGCAGAGGCGAACGAUCUUGAAGAAAACAAGUUCGGCUGCGUGAUCCCCAGCUUCGAACAGGUCAAGAACCUACCAUACCUUAAUGCAUGCAUAAAGGAAACUCUGCGACUUUACUCUACAGUAGGAUCCGGACUCCCACGAGUCGUCCCGGAAGGCAAGACCCUGACCGUCGCCGGUCAAACGUUCAACGCAGGGAGUGUCGUCAGUGUACCAUCGUACUGCACCAACAGGUCAAGCGUAUGGGGUCCCGAUGCGGAGAUGUACAGGCCGGAGCGGUGGUUAGAGGAAGGGGCAUCGUCCUUGAACAAGUACUUUGCUGCGUUUUCGAGUGGACCUCGAGGUUGCGUCGGUCGUAAUCUAGCAAACCUUAACCUUCUGUUGGUUUCUUCUACUUUCUUCCGUCGGUAUGACAUCGAACUUGCCAGCCCUACCACCAAGUUCCAAACAACCGAAGGCUUUGUUAGGGAUGCAACUCAUUGUGAGGUCGCCAUCAAGCGGCGGGUCCUGACCCUGUAG